AUGUCGGAGAUUGCCAGCACAGAUCCCGAAGGCGUCGACGGAGUUCGCAUGACCUGGAACGUUUGGCCACGAAGCAAAGUUGAAGCCAGCAAGUGCGUCAUCCCUCUCGCCGCCACAAUCGCCGUGAUCCGCCCUCAUCCUGACAUUCCCCAACUCCCUUACGCUCCUCUCCGCUGCAAAACCUGCACCUCCGCCCUCAACCCUUUCUCCCGCGUCGACUUCACCGCCAAGAUCUGGAUCUGUCCGUUCUGUUACCAACGGAACCAUUUUCCUCCUCAUUAUAACGCUAUCUCGGAAACCAAUCUCCCUGGGGAACUUUACCCGCAAUACACAACCGUUGAAUACACAAUUCCUCAUUCCGAUCCUAACCCUCCCCCUUCCCCUGUUUUUCUCUUUCUCCUUGAUACUUGUAUCAUUGAAGAAGAGAUCAGUUAUCUCAAAUCGGCUCUUGGUCGUGCGAUCGGGCUUUUACCUGAUAAUGCUCUUGUCGGUUUUGUUUCGUUUGGGACUCAGGUUCAGGUGUAUGAAUUGGGAUUCUCCGAUAUGUCUAAGGUUUAUGUCUUUCGUGGCUCCAAAGAGAUUCCUAAGGAUCAGAUUUUGGAACAGCUUGGUCUUGCUUCUUCUGCUGCUUCCGGUAGGAGACCAAUGAAGGGUGCUCCUUUCCCUAAUUCUGGUGUUUCCCGUUUUUUGUUGCCUGCAUCCGAUUGUGAAUACACUCUCAAUGCGCUGUUGGAAGAAUUGCAGAGAGAUCAGUGGCCUGUUCCUCCUGGCAAACGUCCCGCUCGCUGCACCGGUGUAGCAUUGAGUGUUGCAACUGGAUUGCUUAGUGCUUGUGUUCCUGGGACGGGAGCUAGAAUCAUAACUUUGGUUGGGGGACCAUGCACGGAAGGACCCGGCACGAUUGUGUCUAAAGAUCUAUCUGACCCAGUGCGUUCUCAUAAAGAUCUUGAUAAAGAUGCAGCACCUUACUUUAAGAAAGCAGUCAAAUUUUAUGAGGGUCUUGCAAAACAGCUGGUUAGCCAAGGUCAUGUUUUAGAUGUCUUUGCAUCAGCACUUGAUCAGGUUGGAGUUGCAGAAAUGAAAGUUGCAGUUGAAAGAACUGGUGGCCUUGUUGUCCUGUCGGAAAGUUUUGGUCAUUCAGUCUUCAAGGACUCUUUCAAGCGUGUUUUCGAGGACGGGGAGCAAUCUCUUGGUCUUUGUUUCAAUGGAACUCUUGAGAUAAAUUGCUCAAAGGAAAUCAAAAUUCAGGGAAUCGUUGGACCAUGCACAUCGAUGGAGAAGAAAGGGCCUUCUGUUGCUGAUACUGUCAUAGGAGAGGGGAACACAACAAUAUGGAAGAUGUGUGGCCUUGACAAGAGUACAUGCUUGACUGUGUUGUUUGAUCUUUCAUCAAGUGAUCGUUCAAAUACUCCAGGCGCUGUCAACCCACAACUGUACCUGCAGUUCCUUACAAGUUACCAGGGCCCAGAUGGUCAAUUAGUGCUUCGUGUAACAACAGUAACUAGAAGAUGGGUGGAUAGUGCUGUUAGCUCUGAGGAAUUGGUCCAAGGAUUUGACCAAGAAACUGCUGCAGUGGUAAUGGCUAGAUAUGCUUCUCUGAAAAUGGAGACAGAGGAAACAUUUGAUGCCACACGGUGGUUGGAUAGGUUCCUCAUUCGCCUCUGUUCUAAGUUUGGGGACUACCGCAAGGAUGAUCCAUCAUCUUUUACAUUAAAUCCAUCAUUUUCUCUUUUUCCCCAGUUUAUGUUCAAUCUGCGGCGCUCACAGUUUGUACAGGUUUUUAACAACAGUCCAGAUGAGACUGCAUACUUUCGCAUGUUGUUAAACCGGGAAAAUAUUAGUAAUGCGGCUGUCAUGAUUCAGCCAUCUCUAAUAUCAUAUUCAUUUAAUUCACUGCCUGCACCAGCUCUGUUGGACGUAGCUUCCAUUGCUGCAGACCGGAUUCUGUUGCUAGAUUCAUACUUUAGCGUGGUUAUUUUUCAUGGGAUGACAAUAGCUCAAUGGCGUAACUUGGGAUACCAGAACCAACCAGAACACCAGGCUUUUGCCCAACUAUUACAAGCUCCACAAGAUGAUGCCCAUGCAGUAAUUAGAGAUCGGUUCCCUGUUCCUAGAUUGGUAGUGUGUGAUCAACAUGGUUCCCAGGCUAGAUUUUUAUUGGCAAAGCUGAAUCCAUCAGCAACAUAUAAUAAUGCGCACGAGAUGGCUGCUGGUUCAGAUGUAAUCUUUACUGAUGAUGUCAGCCUUCAAGUUUUCUUUGAGCAUCUGCAAAGGCUAGCUGUCCAAUCUUGA